UGUGUCUCUCCGCAGGGCUCCACUAUUUAUGUACGCAAGUGAAUUAUGUAAUAAAUAGGAAAGUAUGCUGUCGUUAUGAGAAUAAUUAAAUAAUUUUCCUUCCAAAUUCCUCCAAUAAUAAUCGGAUUGGGUGGAGACUCGUUAAAUUAACACCAAAACAUUCCACAUGGACGCUUAUUUAUAUGUGUAUCCUUGAAGCACAGUUCCGGACGCUUAUUUAUAUGUGUAACCUUAAAGCACAGUUCCAUGCCCUUGUAGUUGAGAGAGAGAGAGAGAAUGGAAACAGCUGCUUGUGAACUGCCACAGUUAGAAGGAAAGCUCUCUGGAAAAGAAGAAAAAGAAGUUGAAACAUGCAGUGAUAAUCCUAAACGAGGAGGGUGGACUACCUUCCCUUUUGUCACAGGAAGUAUGUUGGGACUGUCUAUAGCAGCUGGCGGCUGGGCAUCGAAUUUGAUAGUAUUUCUGAUGACACGGUUCAAUGUGAAGAGCAUAAGCGCUACAAAAAUCAAUAACAUCAUUCUUGGCACCAACAAUCUCUUCCCCAUUGCCGGAGCCUUCAUUGCUGAUUCCUUCUUUGGAUCUUUCUCUGUCGUCUCCACUUUUUCCUUCAUUUCUUUACUGGGUUUGAUGAUGUUAACCAUAAUAGCUGCAAUACCCUCCUUGCGGCCUUCAGCAUGUGCAGCAAUUGGCUCAUCACUUACAUGUCAAACUCCAUCAAAGUUUCAAUACUCAAUCCUCUAUACAGCACUGUCACUAGCUUCACUAGGACUUGGAGGCACUCGCUUCACAAUUGCAACCAUGGGAGCUGACCAAUUCGACAAGCCCCACGACCAAGGGGUUUUCUUUAACUGGUAUUUUCUGGCCUUGUAUGUAGCCAACGUCAUCAGCUUCACUGCCAUCAUCUACAUCCAGGACAACGUGGGAUGGGGAUUAGGGUUUGGGAUAUGUUUCGUCGCAAAUGCUAUUGGAUUACUGGUGUUUUUGUUGGGAAAACGAUUUUAUAAGCAAGUUAAACCAAAGGGUAGCCCGUUCGUUUGCAUAGCACGUGUAUUGGUCGCAGCCAUUUGGAAGAGGAAAGCAUCAGCUGCAACUUCAAGAGACACGGAUUAUUAUUAUGGAGAUGGAAUUUUGGUUGACAACACAGUACCAACUAAAAGUUUCAGAUUCUUGAAUUGUGCGGCGCUAAAAACCGAAACAGACAAGCAAUUUGAUGGCUCAUAUGCAAAAUCAUGGAAACUGUGCACCGUCAAAGAAGUGGAAGACCUUAAAACCCUAAUGAAAAUCAUGCCACUAUGGUCUACUGGCAUCUUUCUAAGCACUCCAAUUGGUAUUACCAGCAGCCUUUUUAUACUCCAAGCCCUAACUAUGGACAGGCAUCUUGGACCACACUUCGCAAUCCCUGCCGGUUCAUUCCUAGUCUUCAACCUUUUAGCCACAGCCAUCUCCAUUCUCAUAGUAGAUCGAUUCGUACUAUCCAAGUUAACACCCCUCCAAAGGAUAGGGAUCGGUCAUGUGAUCAACAUUGUUGCGUUGAUUGGGUCGGCACUAAUUGAAAGAAGACGAUUAGGAGUGGUAAAAGCACAUAACCUCAUGAACCAGCCCGGUUUAGUGGUGCCCAUGUCAGCCCUAUGGCUUGUGAUACCACUAUCUGUUGUGGGAAUUGGGGAGGCAUUCCAUUUUCCAGGACAAGUUUCACUGUUCUAUGAAGAAUUCCCAAAAUCACUGAAAAGUACUUCAACAGCUAUGAUAUCUUUGUUGAUUGGAAUCGGGUAUUAUCUCAGCACUGCAAUCACGGAUUUGGUAGACAAGACCACGGGAUGGUUACCGAAUGAUAUAAAUCAAGGGCGGCUGGACAAUGUAGUUUGGAUGUUGGCAGUGGUUGGAGUGGUGAAUUUUAUGUACUAUUUGAUUUGUGCCAAGUUUUUUAUGUAUCAAAAUCAAAUUGUUGGACUCAAAAAUUAA